AUGCCCAGUUAUGACUUCAACAUCCAUGAACCUUCGUACCCAGACAUGUUGCAAGGAAUCUCCCCGGCCCGUGCCCUAGGACCUGCUCCCCCGCAACCACAACCCUUUGCCACUCCCAACUCGAACGACUCGCAUACUACCCCCACCAAUGCCCACACCUACAAGCCAACCAUGCUGUCGUCCUCUUCGGCGUCGUCCAGCACGGAGGCGGACAGCUCGGUUGAUCGUCCGUCCAGGCAUAGCGUCAUGAUCGAAACAAGCGACGAUGAGAACGACUCGCCUACCAAGCGCGUUCGAGACCGCGUCCCUGCGUUCGAAUCGUCGCAGGGUGAGGGCUCGGGCAGGUCCAUGAUGCCUCCAAAGAAGGUCACUGCCAUUUCCACGCGGCCUCAACGCCCAACUGCUCCUCCAAAGCCCCUACCAGCAGCCGUUGGCCGAACGAGCGCCAAGUUUGCCAAGGUUGCAGAGGACCCAGGUGUAGAGGGCAUUCCCCCUGGAGUACGCUCCCUGGAGAGGCCUUCGCAGUCCUUUGCUUGCAUCAUCGGACAAGCCAUUCUACGAUCUGCCGCUGGGGGUCUGUCUCUCGAGCACAUCUAUCGCUACGUGGAAACAGCCUACCCGUACUUCAAAUCCGUCGACCAAUGGCGCAAUUCGGUUCGUCAUAACCUCUCGAUUCACAAGAUUUUUGUCACCAUUCCGAGGACAGAAAAGCACCCCCCAGGCAAGGGUGGCAUCUGGAUCAUCGACGAGAACGAGAAGGUACACUGGCCAUCUGAGGACAAGUUUAUCAAGAACUUUCCGUCCUCUCAUCCCCACCACGCAGUCUGCCGUCAGACUCGUCACGAGAGGCAGCUGGAGCAACGCGCGCGGGAGAAGGCAGAGGCAGAAGGACGUGAAUAUGUCGCCAAGAAGGGGAAGAAGGGAAGGGCAAAGUUGGUUGCCAAGGAUGAGGGCCACAAGACGCCUGAACUUUCCAGACCACCACCAUUCAUGUUGUCCGACCACCACCCCGGCUCACACCAUGGUCCUUCCCAUCCCCCACAGAUGGCCGUUUCCCUUCCCCCUCCUCCUCCACACCACCACGCCAUUCCUCCACAGCCUCGGAUGAUGCCGCCUCCACCUCCGUCGUCUCCACCUCGGCCCCCAAGCCUGCACCCCUCGUCGUUCGACUUUGAGGACGAUGGCGACUUCGUUCCGAUGGAGACAUCAGAAGGCGAUCGACCCCUCCCACCUCUUCAGUUUGGAGAGCUCUCCAAGCCAAAGAUGGGCCCCCUCUCUCACGCUAACAUGCCACCACCACCUCGCUUCGGUGGAGAUGCUAUGCGACCCCCGCUCGACUACGGCGACAAGAGGGGCCUUCGGGAUGAUGAUGACGAGAAUGUCUUCACAAGCGGCCCUAAGCGGGUACGGCUUGCCCGUCCAGAGCCCCUCUCGCCCAUCCACGAGCAACAAUCCGCCACAAGCUCGUUCCUUCAUGACGAUGCCGACAUGUUCAUCACUCCGUCCCGUGCAACGUCUCGAACAACUCAACUCUCGGGUUCGGCACAGUUCGGAUCCAGUGCCCUCAAGACCCCGGCGCUUGUCCAGACUUCUUCGUCGCCGACGUCGUCACCAAUGCCGCCGACGAUCACCAGAACCUCGCACCACCACCCCAGCGCCCUUCAGCAAGCGUGGACGCACGAUGACUUGGCCCAGACCACACCCACCUCCCCAGGCAAGCUGGACGCGGCCUUCGACUUGAAACCAUCUGUUCUCAAGUCAGACCAUCUGGUUCGGGACGAUGACAGCAUCGUGCAUUCGCUUGUGCCACAUGCCGCCGACCGCGGUCCUCCCAAGACUCCUGUCACAAGAUCUUCUGCUGCUGCGGAUCGCACGCCGCGACUCGGAGGUCUGCGCACCCCAGGCAUGAUUCACAAGACGCCUCUCACGUACGGCAGCCCAGCUCGGCCCCCACCAUCGGCGUCUGCUCAUCUCUCUACCCCCUUAUGGGAGAUAAGCGGUGUUCUUGAUCGCAUGAACGCGGCCGAGUCCCCAACCCGCACUCCGCGCUCUCCAAACGUCCCACCAACAAGCCCAACUCACUACUCGCUGAGUGACUGCGGCGACUCGCCCAUCGCGAAGCGGCGCAAGAUGACUGUGGCUUGA